GUGUGUGCAGCCAUUGGCCUCUUGGUUCAUAGAUUGCCAGAAUAUGAAUGGAGCAGCAACUGCCUUUCCAGCUUGAUUGUUGUCACCAUUUUUACAGUGAGAAUUCCCUUGUUAGCGAGCUCAUUUCAUUAGUCCAUUUGAUAAUGUAUGCACUCAAUAUCACGGCCAUCCGAAAUGCCCAAAAUCCACUCAACAUCAAGGUCCCGCAAUCACUAGUUAACCACCUCCUCCACCUCUAGCGGGGAGUCCAAUAAAGGCAAUGCCCAGGAGGGUAGAUUCGUUAUUAAAUAACCAAACUUAGGACAAAAUCGUCAUUUGAAGUCACCAACAAAAAUUAAAAGAAAAAAGCUGUCUCUCUAGGAGUCUAAGUAGUGUUUUCGUCCUCUCUGGAACGACACAAUCUCUCUCUCUCUCUCUUCACGAUUCUUUCAUUAGAAAAUAAAAAUAUUGUUGAAAAAAAAACGACGUCCAAAAAGUUUACCCCGAACUCAAAACCCUAGGGCUUUCAAUCUCCUGGAUUUCCCUCGAUUUUUUUCUUUUAAUCUUCCAAAUCUCUUUUCUUCUAUGGAUGCCGAGGAAGAAGAGCCUCUCCUCGUCCCCAACGUUGAGUCUUCUCUUCGAUUGGAAGGUGAUGCUCUGACUACGGCUGCGGCCUCCCAGAUACAGCAUGAAAAGACUGAGUCACAACAAUGCGAGCUCGAGACCGUUGCCGAGUUUGACGAGUCGGAACCACCAGCAUCGUCCGCCGGAUUUCCUGUUGCUGAAAAGAAGAAAGAAGGUGACGGCAAGGGAGUCGUUGAUGUGGAGGUUGUUCCGGAGGCGGCGGUUGGUGACGAAGAGGGCGGCGAGGAUUUGAUCUUUGGAGAGAAGAAGCACGAGAUGUUGGAUGCUGGUGAUGGAAUAAAAGCUUCAUCUCCGACUGAUGGUAAUGAGGAAGGUGAGGACUUGGCUGACAGAGGGGAGAGCGACGUGGCAGAGGUGGAGGAGAAAUCUGACAUGGUGGAGGAUACGACAGUGGAUGGUGUGAUGGAGGAAAUGGAGAGGGCUAACGUCUCCAAUGAAAGAGGAACAGCGGAAGGGAUGAAGGUGCCUUUGGCGAAGCAAACAGUUACUGAGUUGCCUGAGGAAGCGGGAAAUUUGGAGGAAAGAGGAAUUGUCGAGGCAGCAGAGGUGGCUAAUGUAACAGAGCAAACUAUGGUUAUCGAGGAAACAGUCGUGGCUGACGUGAUGGAGAAAACCGGAAUUACGAAGGAAAGAGAGGUGGCUGACGUGGCUGUGGAAAGGGAAAUGCUGGAGGAGAAACUCGUUGUUGAUGUUACGGAAGAAACAGGGGUUAUUGACAUGGUUGCGAAAAGGGGGUUGCCGGAUGAUAAAAUGGAGGUUAAUUUGGCAGACCAAAAAGGAGUUCUGGAAGAAACAAGAGUGAUUGAAAUGAUUGACAAAAGCGAAAUUUUGGAAGAAAAAUUGGUGGCUAAUGUGUCUGAGCAAACUGGAAAUUUGGAGGAUUCUAAUGCAGUGAGGGAUUCAGGUAUGGAUAUGGCUGAGGUGGCGAAGGACAUAGUGAUGGAAGAGGGAUCAGAGAAGGCAGAAGAUACAGAGACAGGAACUGUAGUAGAGAAUGUUGAGAAAGCAGAACGGACAGAGGCAGAGAUGGGAGAUGCGGCAGAGGGGAUGGAGGCAGCAGCGGACACUGAGAUGCUUGACAUCACGGAAGAAGUAGAAACGGAGGCAGCAGAGGGGACGGAAGAUACAGAGGAGGUAGAAGAUGCUAGUAAAGCCAGCGGUGGCAAGCGGAAGCGGGGAAAGAGUUUGAAUUCUAAGGUUCUGGCAAGAGCUCCAUCAAGGAAGAAGGUGGAAGAGGAUGUCUGUUUCAUUUGCUUUGAUGGUGGUGACCUUGUGCUUUGUGACCGCAGGGGUUGCCCUAAGGCUUACCACACUUCUUGUGUUGGUCGAGAUGAGGCAUUCUUUCGAGCAAAGGGUAAAUGGAAUUGUGGUUGGCAUCUGUGCAGCAACUGUAAGAAGAAUGCCUAUUAUAUGUGUUACACAUGUACCUUUUCGUUAUGCAAGGGAUGCAUCAAAGAUGCUGUAAUCCUAUGUGUUAGGGGUAACAAAGGCCUCUGUGAGUCAUGCAUGAAUCUCGUCAUGUUGAUUGAGAGGAAUGAACAGGCACAAGUAGAUUUUGAUGAUAAAAGUAGCUGGGAAUAUCUAUUCAAGGACUAUUGGAUUGAUUUAAAAGGGAGAUUAUCAAUAACUUCAGAUGAACUUGCUCAGUCUAAAAAUCCUUGGAAAGGAUCUGAAUAUCGUUCUGCUAAAAAGGAAUCACCUAAUGAACCUUAUGGUUUUAAUGAUGGUGGAGGGUCUGGCUCGGAUAGUUCUUCUGGGAAUGCGGAAGUAACUGUUUCUAAGCGAAGAAAGACUAGGAGUCAAACAAAGUCAUGGAAAAGGGGGGGUGAUUUACCAAACACUGUGACAGCUAGGGGUGAAGGGGCAUCUACAGAUGAAAGUGCUGAGUGGGCGUCAAAAGAGCUCUUGGAAGUUGUCAUGCACAUGAGAAAUGGCGACAAAUCUGUUUUAUCUCGAAUGGAACUAAGUCAACUUAUUCUGGAUUACAUUCAAAAGCACAAACUUCGAGAUCAUCAAAGUAAGUCUUAUGUCAUUUGUGACUUGAGGCUUAAGAAUCUGUUUGGGAAAGCCAGAGUGGGGCAUAUUGAAAUGUUAAAUCUUCUUGACCCUCACAUUCUUUUCACAAAGGAGGAUUCUCAGACAGAUGAUCUUCAAGGGAGUGUUGUUGAUGCUGAAGUUAAUCAACUAGAGGCUGAUUGGAACUCUGAUGCUUUUACAAAGACUGUGAAAGAUAAGAAACGUAAAACACGUAAAAAGGGUGAUGCCAGGGGACUUAAAUCAAAUUUAGAUGAUUAUGCUGCCAUCGACAUGCAUAAUAUCAAUCUAAUUUAUUUACGACGAAAUUUGGUGGAGGAUUUGAUUGAAGAUACUGAAACAUUCCAUGACAAGGUUGUUGGUUCUUUUGUGAGAUUAAGAAUAUCUGGUGCUGGUCAAAAGCAAGAUUUGUAUAGGCUAGUGCAAGUUAUUGGUACAAGCAAAGUUGCUGAACCUUAUAGAGUUGGCAAAAGAACAACUGAUUUUCUACUAGAGAUUUUAAAUUUAAAUAAGACAGAGGUCAUAUCAAUUGAUAUUAUAUCAAAUCAAGAGUUCACUGAGGAUGAAUGCAAGCGCCUUCGCCAGAGCAUAAAGUGUGGACUUAUCAACCGGCUGACUGUGGCGGAUAUACAGGACAAGGCCAUGGCAAUCCAGGCAGUCAGAGUCAAAGAUUGGUUGGAAUCAGAGAUAAUGCGUCUGAGUCAUCUUCGUGAUCGAGCCAGUGAAAAAGGACGUAGAAAGGAGCUUAGAGAAUGUGUAGAGAAAUUGCAGAUUUUAAAGACACCUGAGGAGCGACAGCGUAGAUUAGAGGAAAUUCCCGUGAUACAUGUAGACCCCAACAUGGAUCCUAGUUACGAAUCUGAAGAAGAUGAAGGAGAAGAUGAUAAGAGACAAGAUAACUUUAUGAGGCCAAGAAGUGGUGGCUUUAGCAGGAGAGGGAGGGAGCCAAUUUCUCCUCGGAAGGGAGGUUUCAAUUCAAGUGAUUCUUGGAGUGGCACUAGGAAUAAUUCCAGCAUGCAUCGGGAAUUAAGCAGGAACCUAUCUAAUAAAGGAUUUACGAGCAAAGGGGAUGAUUCCAUUGGAGCUAGUGAAAUCGGGAAUGAAAAUUUAUGGAACCUAGGACGGGAGAGAGAAACACAACAACCAAACAGCUGGGACAAGCCAAAAACUGCUUCUAGUUUGGAAAUCGGCACAAGGAAUACUCGUAAUAUUGUAGUACAGGAACCGUCUGCGAAGGUUGUAUCAGAAAUUUCAGCUAUACCUCUGUCUGCAGGAGUAACCACUGCCGUCCAAAUUAAUGAGACAGAGAAAAUUUGGCAUUACCAGGAUCCAUCUGGCAAGGUUCAAGGACCAUUUUCAAUGGUGCAGCUGCAGAAAUGGAGUAACACUGGAUAUUUCCCUGCUGAAUUAAAAAUUUGGAGAACUAAUGAGAAGCAAGAUGAUUCUAUACUUUUGACUGAUGCCUUGGCUGGAAAGUUUCAGAAAGACUCUCCGGUAGCCGAUAAUAGCUUUCCAAAUUCUCAAAUGGCCAUUUAUGGGAAUUCUCUUGGAGCAACCUUGAAGCAAGGAAUGGAAAGCCAAGUUGGAGAAAGAUCAAGGUUUGAUCAGAAUCAUGUAGCUUGGAGUCCUCAGCGUUCAUUAGGCACGUCUGGCCAAUCUGCCCGAGGAAGUUGGAAAUCUCAAACAGAAGUCAGUUCUUCCACUGUCGGACCUGCUCCAUCUUCACUAGAGAUCCCAAGGUAUUCUCGAGAUACAUGGGGCUCCAACACAAAUCUACCUUCUCCCACUCCAAACCAAAAUCCCACUGGUGGGACUAAGGCACAAGCUAAUGAAAGCAAACAGUCACCUACUCCUGUUCAGUCAUCGGGUUCUCUUACAGUGGCUAAUCCAUUCCAAGGAGGAUCCACAGGGCUGCAACCUCCCAUUGUUGUUUCAGAGAGUGGGAGUCCAGCUGCUCCUAUAGUGCAUUCUCAUAUGAUGGUGUCAGGUGAAUCACACAGGACACAGGUCAAUGCUCAAGCUUCAAUUAAUUUAGGUGCUGAUAUGAAAAAUGCAGGUGUAUCUCUUCAGAAUUUGGUUCAAUCUGUGACUGCUCAUAAUCCUUCUGUUGAUACUCAUGGAUGGGGUUCUGGCUCAGUCUCAAGGCAAGAAGCAGUUGCUGCAUCCUCUAUACCUGCAACUGGAAAUCAAGCAUGGAGAAAUGCUUCAGCUCAGAAGCUAGAGCCAAAUCCCUCACUUGCCAUGCUUGCUCAACCUGCUGCUUAUGGUCACUGGAAUGACACGUCACAAUCUGGUCAAAAUUCUGCUCCUUUCGGCACAGGAAAUCCUGCUGUGGUUUUUCCUACUCCUAGCCAACCGAUUAUGCUGCCAUCGGAUUCUUGGAGGCCUACUGUUCCAGUUCAGUCAAAUCAUCAGCUUCCUGCUCCACCCAAUCUACCUUGGGGUGUGGCUGUUGCAGAUAACCAAGGUGCUGCCCUGAGACAGGCACCAGGAUAUCAGAACACUGGUUGGGGACCAAUGCCAGGGAAUCAAAACAUGGGAUGGGGUGCACCUCUCCCUGCAACUACAAAUGUUAACUGGGGAGCUUCUAGUCAGGGCUCUGCGUCUGUUAAUCAAAAUCCGAGUUGGGCUGCACCUAGCCAAGUACCAGUACCAGGGAAUGCAAAUUCAGGUUGGACUGCUCCUGGGAAUGCAAUGCAAGGGUGGGCACCACUUGGCCAAGGGCCUGCUGUUGUUAACGCAAGUUCUGGAUGGGUUGCAGCAGGGCAAGGCGCAGCGGCAUCCGGAAGUGCAAAUCCUGGUUAUGUGGCACCCUCCGGAAAUUCAGGCAUGUGGGGAAAUGAACAGAAUCUCAACGGAGACAAGUUCUCGAAUCAAACAGAUAGGGGCUCUCAGGGUGGUGAUUCUGGUUUUGGUGGGGUCAAACCUUGGAGCAGGCAGUCAUCAUUUGGCAGUGGAGGUGGGUCUUCAAGGUCGCCCUUUAAAGGGCAGAGAGUGUGCAAAUUCCAUGAAAAUGGGCACUGCAAGAAAGGAGCUUCGUGUGAUUAUAUGCACAACUAAAUUUUGGCAAAUUUAGAGCGGCUUAGAGUAGUUAUAUGUGUACAGUAAAAUUUCAUUUUGAAAAUUUCCUCACAUUAUAUUGUCUUUCGGAUGAUUUAUGCCUGUAAAAUCUUUUUCUUUUUCUUCUUCCAACGGAAUGUCGUCUUAAUUCUUCAGCUGAAUAAUUUAUUUCAUAUUCGAUAUCAGUUAAUGUGAUGAAGUCAUGUUUUGAUAACCCUUUAAAUUAGAAUUACUAAAUGUGGCUCAAACAGGUGAACUAUGGCCAUGACCUAUGGCCUCUGGGAGUGAUGGCUACUGCUAUCUGGGCUACCCGUUUAAGCAAAUGUGAAAUUUAUAAACUGAAGUUCCACAAGGAAGGUUCAAAUUUGCACUUCUUAAAUAAAAUAAAACUAAUUUAUAAAGAGGACAAACAGAAAUAAAUUCAAG